GCAGAUUUGGAGCUAAAUUAUUGAUUCUUCAGAGGAAAGUUUGUGGUUAUCAAGCAUUUCAGCUCUCAUCCAGGACCAAGGAACUGCACUGAGUGGAUGGUGUAGGAGUUUAACUGUGAAGAAGGUCCUGGAGAUGGUAAAUAUUUGAAGCCACAGUGAACCAGGAUGGAGCCUGUUAAGAGAGACAUGGAGCUGCUCAGUAACAGCAUGGCGACCUACGCUCACAUCAAAGCCAAUCCAGAGAGCUUCGCCCUCUACUUCAUGAUGGGCGUCUGUUUCGGCCUGCUCAUGGCGCUGUGCCUGAUGGUGGCGAGCCUCACCUGCAGGACUCGCCGCCACAGGAGGCCUCCUCCAUCUCCUGAGAGGAGGCAGCUGAAAGAGUCCAGCGAGGAAGAGGAUGAAGAAGAGGAGGAGGAUGAGGAGAGCAUUGCAGGGGAAGAUGGGGAGGAGGCAGAGAUCCCCAAAGUGACAGUGGGGCCGAUGAGCGAACGCAGCAGCCAGUCCAACGGCACGCUGAGGAGUGUUAAUGUGUUUGCGUCUGCUGAGGAGCUGGAGAAGGCCCGGCGUCUGGAGGAGAGGGAACGUAUCGUCAGGGAGAUAUGGAGGAAUGGACAGCCGGACAUCUUGGUUACAGGGACGGGGACAAUUGGUCGGGUGCAUUACCACUAACAGACACUUUGAGUGAGACUGCAAAGAGCCAAACAUACACAGCUGGACAUUGGACAGAAACAUGCUUCAUCUUGAUUAUGGAAAUCCAAAAUGUUCAAUAUUAAAGGAACACUCCGCUGAUUUUACACAUGACGAUCAGUUUACUCACCAUGAGGAAUUAUUACUCAACCUGUGAAAACUGUUGUUAACGUGCCAAGUUUUAUAUCUCUAUAGAGAAAUUAAGUAAGUAUGAAAAACAGAAAUCCUGUGCAAGAAACUGGGGGCGUUUGGGUUUAAAGAUGUGGACGUUUACCAGUCAGGGAGUGUAUAAUGAAGGAAGAUAUUAAGGUGCAUUAUGGGAAUUGUAGGAUUCAGUGUUCCUGGAGCUUGAGCCAUGAAGAGAACUGAAAAGUCAAGAUAUGUACAAUCUUGACCAUAUUUUUUAUUAGCCUGUCUCCAAAUGUUAUAAAAAUGAAAUAUUAAAUGCUGGAGUAACCCUUUAAAAUAAAUAAAUAAGACUUUAAAUUUAUAAUAUGAAUAAAUACAGACAAAAUAUGGAAUAUAUAUUAAUAUCAUUUUUAAUAAUUCAAUAUAUUUUCAAAACUUGGUAUAAUUAAACAUUACUUCAUCAUGCUUCUUUGCACAACUGGCUCCGCUCUGUCUUGAUUGAUGAAGUGUUUGUGUUUAAAAAAAAAAAAAAAGGCAUUAUGAAAUAAAAUUUGAAUUAUGAAAAAGACAAAGAUAAUUGCCUUUUUCACAUUGUUACAUUAUACAUUUUGUCUGUAUUUUUGACCAUGAUUAUUUCAUAAUUUCUUAUUUGUUACUUAAUAUUGAGCACAUAUAUUUCUUGUAACUUAUGAAGGAUGUUGUAAGCAUAUUUGGCCUAAUCUGUAUUCUACUCCAUGUUUGUA